AUGAUUUCACAGCUGCCCUGGCUUCUUUGUUUCGCCUUAGGCGCAGGAGGCCAAUGGGCUGUGCAGCAAGGGUCUUGCGUGCUGGAGGGGGAUGGUUGCAUCGUCAGCACGAAUUACCCGAGCAAAUAUCCCAACAACGAUCUCUGCACGAUCCAGGUCGACAGUGGCAACACUCGUCCCAUUCGCGUGGAUGUCUUCGAUACCGAAUCCGGCUGGGACCAUUUGGUGGUCAAUGGCGUGGAGUAUGACGGCACAAGUGGUCCAGAUGGGGUUGUGCCAACAUCAAAUAUUCAGUGGACUUCUGAUCGCAGUGAGACCGAUGUUGGGUGGCGCAUCUGCCUGGAAUCAAUCGUUGCCGUGACUAUGACCACGACCGCAACCAGUACCAGCACCAGCACCACGUCCCGCGAGGUCACCAACACGUCCACAUCGAGUGCGACGUCCACUCCGACGUCCACUGUGACUGAGGUGACUUCCACAAGCAGCGCCACGACGACGGAGACGGUGACCAACACAACAUCAACCAGGUCCACAGCAACCAGCUCGUCAAGAACUACCCUGACGACCACCACCUCGACUGUCAUCACGACCUCUUCGACCAGCAGCACAACCCACACGGCCACGACGACGGAGGGUCUUUGGCGCGUCGCUGCAGGGUCCUGCAAGAUGGAUCCGGAUGGCUGCAUGCAUAGCGUGAACUUCGAAAUGGGACAGCCCUACCCAGCUGACGACAGCUGUGACAUCGAGAUGCGUGCCAACAACUCCUGGGCCAUAGAGGUCAUCUUCUUCAAGACGCAAGCAGGUGUGGACAGGCUGGAGGUGAAUGGUCUUCCCUAUUCCGGUACGAGAACGAGCGACGGUCCCAGUGGGGUCGUGCCGCAAGGGAGAAUCUCAUGGCGAUCUGACGAGGUUACGCAACACCGCGGCUGGAUGAUUUGUCUCGGAGAGGUGCCGACGACCACAACGACCACGACCACCACGACUGAGGCAGCCUGGUUUGUUGCGGAGGGGUCGUGUGCGCUUGGCAAUGAUGGCUGCAUCAGCAGCUCACGGUACGGGACACUCAACUAUCCGCCGAAUGACGCGUGCACGAUCACUCUGAUCAAUGAGUCAAGGGUCCUCCAGGUGGAAGCAUUCAACACAGAGCAAUCCUGGGACAGGCUGACCGUCAAUGGCCUCGGAUAUUCCGGGCCAACCCGGCGUGAAGGCCCCAACGACGUCAUACCUGCCGGCAACAUCACAUGGCUCGCUGACGCUCGCCACUUCAUGUACAAGAAGCAUGCUGAUGAGUUGCGACACUUCCCCGGAAGGCUGCAUCUCUACAAAGGACUACAGUCCUCCUUGCCGCGAAAGCGAGUGGUGGAAGUCAUGCUGGAGAUCAAAGUCAUGGACUUUCAGACGGAGCAGCGGUUCGACACCCUCACCGUCAACGGUAUCAAGUAUUCCGGCGUGCGUGGGCCUGACAAGGUCGUGCCGCAGGGAGACUACGAUAACUGUGAGAUCGCAGUUUCGGAAGGCAAUGCGAAGGCGCUGAAGGUGGAGCACUUUAACUUGGAUUUCUAUGACCACCUGGUGGUGAACUCUAUCAAGUACGACUGGCACUGGGGCAGCGUAGGUCCCCAAGGAGUGGUGCCGCAAGGAACCAUUACUUGGUCCACGGUGGUCGUGAAUGGCCAGGAGUUUAGCGGCGAUGUGACCCCGCAGGGCGUGAGAUGUUUUAUCGAUGAUGAGGGCUGCAUCACCACACCAUCCUGGCCAUCCAACUACCCGCUGGAAACUUGCAGUUGCGAGUAUGACAGUGACGAGUCAAGCAUUGAAGGCUACGUCUCGGAUCCGUACUAUCGAUACUUCAGCUCCCGAUUUCGGCAGCCGGUUGGAGUCGUUCCGGAAGGAACCAUCUCCUGGCAACCGGAGGAGGAGGAGGAGGAGGAGGAUGAGGAGGAGGAGGACCUCAUCCAGCCAAGCCACAACACCUUUGAUGCCGACCUCGUCGACAAGUGGUUCGUGAGCUUAGAGAUCAGCUGUUGGUGUGAUCGUCUGUCUGGUGUGGUCGUCGAGGUCUUCGGCUGGACAGUGCUCCGCGGGAAUUGCAAGAUGGAUCGGAAUGGCUGCAUACAUACAGUGGGAUACAGAAGGACCAAAUAUCCAGAGAACGACUUCUGCGACAUCAAGGUGCGUGAGAACAACUACCUGCCAAUCUACGAGAAAGUCUUCCGCACGAAGGCACAGCAUGGCAUCUUGACCGUCAACGGUCUUCGCUACUCCGGUUGGUCUGGCCCCGAUGGUGUCGUACCGCAAGGCACCAUCCAGUGGAGAUCAGACGCAGCGAAUGACUUUGGGUGGGAACUGUGCCUUCAGGUGACGACCAGCACCACCACGCAGGUAAAAUCCUGGACGGUCAGGACUGGGCACUGCCGUGUUGAUGCGGAGAACUGUCUGGUCAGCCCCGGCUAUCCAUCCACAUAUCUUGGCGGCGAGUCGUGUACCAUCGAGGUUCAUCCAGAACUCACAACGGAAAAGCCCGUCAUAUCCGUCACGGACUUCUUUGUGAACGAUGGCUAUGAUCACAAAAUUGCUGGCUUCCUUCCCAAGUACGAUCAGUUGGUGGUCAAUGACGUCGUGUACAAAGGGAAAAGGAUCUAUGAUGGUCCGGAGGGUGUCGCACCAUCUGGUCUGAUCUACUUCCUGAGCGACAAGAAGUCCGCGGGCUACUUCAGACUCUGCAUGCGCAAGGCAAAUCCACAGCCGUGGUUCAUGGAUGAGCCGUGCGACCCGAGGAAUGAAGCAUUCUGCCCAUGCACCUUGCAGAACACUUCUGAUGGCUGCAUCGUUCCAAACCGCGAUCAGGCACAUCAGGGAUCCUGCUUCCUCCGGGUCGACAGGACCAACACUCGCCCGAUUGUGGCACAUAUCUGGAACAACGAGGUCACGACCACUACGACCACAACAACCGCGCUGGAGUGGGACUGGUUGCAAAUUGCAGUCCAAAUUGUCGUCGCCGCUGUUUGGUACAAGUUUGGGCCGACAAUUCCGGAGGAAUUGGGGGUUUGGAUGGUGGAGUCCGCCGGCCUUGCAGAAGAGGCGCAUUGGGUUGGUUUCGGCGGCUUCGAACCCGAGCCACCUCCACCCCAGCCGCCGGUCCCGGAAAAGUAUCCAUUUGGCUUUAUGUGGGAGGUCGAUGGCGACAGCUUCCCGUACACCCACUCUCCCAAUGGCUGGGUGCCAACGAAGGAACUCAUUUACAACACAGCGAACUUCGAGUGGUAUCACGACUGGAAGCUUUGUCUGGGUGAGGCUGAAGAGCCAACCACUACCACAACGACGGUCUUCCCGAAGGUGACUACUCACGGCUGGCAGAUCACACGAGGGAACUGCCAGAUGUGCAGCAACGGCUGUAUCACUAGCCCCGGGCUGACUGGGGCUUGUCACGAGACCUUUUCUGUUCACGGUUCGCAUUAUUAUCCUCUCGAAGAAGAUUGCGAGAUUCGUGUGGAUGCAAACAAUCAAAAAAUGCUUCACGUGGACUUCUGGCAGCUCGGGCACGAUGCUAUCUUCUCCUUCAACGGAAUCGACUACAACAGCGGGGCAGAUAUGCGGCAGACCGCACACGCCAUCGUGCCCCAACACGAGAUCAUCUGGAGAACGGUGAAGGACACGUCGUCAUCUUCAGAAGAUUCAGUCCGCGGCGGCUGGAAGAUUUGUCUCAAGGAGGCCAAGCAGACCAGUUGGGCCGUGACCCAGGGGACAUGCAAGAUUGAUGCUGACGACUGCUUGGUGAACUCUGCUUGGCCCAAUCAGAUCCACUCCGUCGAUGGGGACUGUGAGAUUGAGAUGAAACCCGGGGUGAUCAAAGCUAUCGUGGCCGACAAAUGGCAGCUCUAUGGCGACGUUAGAUCAGGCUGGGGCGACAUCUACUUCAACCGGCAGGGCUUCGACGGCUACACACGGGAUUGGAUCGAACCUUGGUAUGGAUCAAUCGAUGAGCAGGUACCUGUGGGCACUAUCAAGUACUGGAACGCAGAUCCGGAGCACAACUGCUUAUGCGGCGCAUUCCGGCUGUGCCUGAAGGAGGGAGACUACACAACAACAACGACGACACCGGACGUGCGCGCUGAUCCGGCAUUGCAGGAGAGCAUCUAUGGCUGGAGUCUGCGAAGCGGGACAUGCUGGUUUGAUCCAGGAAGCGGUUGCAUCUCUUCGGAUACCUGGGACAGCAGCUGGUAUGAGCACAACGACCUUUGCAGGAUCGACGUCGUUGAGGGGAAUCAGAAGAGGAUUCGCAUGCACGGCUAUGCUUGGUUUUGGGACGAGAACUACAAGCGGGUGGACACCCUUAAUUAUGAUUACGAGGAUCCCUUUAUUUGGAGGAUUGGCGCAGGAGAUACUCUGGUGGUAAACGGGCUUGAGUUCGACAGCGGGUCGAAAGAUCGUCCGGAGGGACUUGUGCCGCAAGGAUCCAUCGUCUGGACCACAGAUGGCUCUGAUGCGGAGGCUGGUUGGAAACUAUGCCUCGAAGAGGUGCCUCCAAUCGAGGUGAUCUCCGGGUCCUGCGAGCGACUCUUGGACGAGCCUGACUGCGUUGCGAGCAAGGAUUACCCCGAGAUGAGUACUCCCGAGGACUGCUUGAUGCAUGUGCCCGAGGGCAAUAUGCGGCCUCUGAUGGUCGUGGACUAUGAGGUUGAGGAGCGUUGGGUCUCUCAUCUCUCUGUCGAUACCACACCCUACUCAGCAUUCUCGAAGGGGAAGGUCACAAUCGUUCCGCAGUCGAGGGUUCGCUGGGAGAAGCACGGCCAAUCGCGGCCACUCAAAUGGAAGAUUUGCCUCGAGGAUCCGCUGACAACCACCGUGACGUCCACCAGCACGAUCCAUUGGCAGGUGCGGCCGGGUUCUGGCUGGAGGGUUGAGGGGACUUGCAGGCUGCAGAUCGAUGGUUGCAUCAGCAGUGGCAAUUUCCCAAGCCGCUACCCAGAUCACGACCGUUGUGUCAUCGAGGUGGAUGACGACAACACGAAGGUUCUUAAGGUGCGCGACUGGAGCGUCGGUUACGGCGAUGAGCUGCGAAUUUGUCACGGCGAGGACGGCUUGUUUCAGGGCGAGGACAGCCUUUGCUGGAAUCGCUACGGUCGUGAUGCUCAACCUGCCGAUGGCCUGGUGCCGCGUGGAUUCAUCUACUGGACCACUGAUGGCGACAACACGGCGGGCUUCGGUUCCGGCAGCGGCUGGCAGAUCUGUCUCGAAGAGGUGUUUGGCAUCUUGGCGAGCACUUGUUGCGGUGACCAGCCAUGA